AUGCGGCACAAUGGAUUCCACACGCUGUCCGUUUGGGCGCAAAGCCACGUGCCCCAAUGCAAUAUUCAGAGCAGUACAAAGCCAUCAAGAGACAACACGAACUACUGGGAAAACAACCGUCAAAACACUAGCUGGAAGGAAGAUACGCCGCAUACGGGUGAAUCGGUGGACAAGCUAUGUCAUUGGGCAACUCGAAGUCGCAAUGGUGCCAAUGCGAACCAUGUUGUUCCUUGGGAUUGUGUCAAAGUUCUGGCGGGAUUUGGACCUGAAAGCAAGGGGUACUACUUGCCCCGAGGUUUAUUGAAGCCACAUGAAGACCUUCUCCGCCAAGUAUUUCCAAAACUCGAGGAGUCCCAGAGCAUGAUUCAAACUGGACACCAGAAAAUAGAAAUUGCUGCGAAGGGCUUCGUCUACUUGCUGACUUGUAUGCGAGCGAUUGUGCUUCAAGACGCCGCUCUGUUGCUGUCCAUGGAAACGUACCAGAACCACCCUCUUUUCACACAUUCUGUCUUCCAAGAUCCCAUGUUUCACGACAUCAAGGCAUGGCUUUUGUCAACCAUCAACACCAUCCCACAUUGGAGACACUGCCUCUGCAUCAAGCACUGCCACUCGUGA